CGUGUUUCUGUGUCUUAUUGAGCUCAAAUACAGACAUGAUGCAGUAAAAUGAAGUGAAUUAUAUGAACUUUAAAGUGUUUUGUGUUGUAUUAAAGACAGAAACACCACAUGGUGUUUGUUUACUUUGUACCACAGAUCAGUGUUUGUUCUCUGUGCUCUGAUUGGUCAGGAGUUUGGUGACGUGUUGUUCAUGUCUUCAUGUUGUGCUCUGAUUGGUCAGGAGUUUGGUGAUGUGUUGUUCAUGUCUUCAUGUUGUGCUCUGAUUGGUCAGGAGUUUGGUGACGUGUUGUUCAUGUCUUCAUGUUGUUUUUAUUGGUGCAGAAUGAUGUCAGUGGAGCGUGUGUCGUGGUGUGAGGGUCUCCAACAGGUUCCAGCACACAUGAUGGUCUCUGUACAGUCAGUCGCUCUGAACACUGAUCUCUCCAUGAAGGACAUCGAGCUUCUCCACACUCGUAUUAAUGCGUUGAGGAAGGAGGUGGCAGAGCUACUCCACGAAUUAUUAACACACGACCCACAAGCUGCGCUACAACACCAGGCAGCGUUUUGUCCUGCACUGAAGGCUGAAGUGAAAUCAGAGAUCGACUCUGUUGUGAAACUGGAAGUGUGUUCAGCUUCUGAGUGUAAAGCUGAACCACAUCACAGCCACCAUGGAGACCUGCACACACUCACACGGAUGGAGGAACACAUGGCUGUUUGUAAAAACGAACCUGAGCCAGUGGAAAUUUCACACACUGUACACACACACACUACACACACACACACUACACACACACACACUACACACACACACACUACACACACACCACACCUUCAUAAUGUAGCAUGUUCAUUACAUCUGAUGGAUUGCAGAAAUUCAGACAUGAUGCAUAACAAAGAACACAGUCUGAAGAAGGAAGAACAUAAAGAUGAUUGGUGCAGAAUGAUGUCAGUGGAGUGUGUGUCGUGGUGUGAGGGUCUCCAACAGGUUCCAGCACACAUGAUGGUCUCUGUACAGUCAGUCGCUCUGAACACUGAUCUCUCCAUGAAGGACAUCGAGCUUCUCCACACUCGUAUUAAUGCGUUGAGGAAGGAGGUGGCAGAGCUACUCCAUGAAUUAUUAACACACGACCCACAAGCUGCGCUACAACACCAGGCAGCGUUUUGUCCUGCACUGAAGACUGAAGUGAAAUCAGAGAUCGACUCUGUUGUGAAACUGGAAGUGUGUUCAGCUUCUGAGUGUAAAGCUGAACCACAUCACAGCCACCAUGGAGACCUGCACACACUCACACGGAUGGAGGAACACAUGGCUGUUUGUAAAAACGAGCCUGAGCCAGUGGAAAUUUCACACACUGUACACACACACACUACACACACACACACUACACACACACACACUGACGAACACACACCACACCUUCGCGUUAAGGCUUGUUCAGUGCAGCUUGUGGAUUGCAGAACCUCAGACAUCACACACACUACUGAAGAACCCAGUGUGAGGAAGCGAGGACAUGAAGAUGAUACCGAUGAUGAUGAUGAUGAUGAUAGCAGUUAUGCUCCACCUAAAACCAGAGGAACAUCUAAGAAAACAGGAGUAAAAGCGACGGGACGCUCCAAAUCGAAGCUCCGCUGUGAGGAACCUUCUGAGAGGCGGUUCUGCUGCUCCAUCUGUGACAAGAGCUUCACUAUAGAGUUCAAUCUCCUCAAACACAUGAAGCUCCAUUCUGGAGAGAAACCGUUCCACUGCAGUCACUGUGGCAAAACCUUCACCCAGUUGUUCAACCUGACGUCUCACCUGAGGAUCCACACUGGAGAAAAGCCUUUCCCUUGUAGCCAGUGUGGAAAAAGUUUCUCUCAAGCCUCCAAGCUCAAAACUCACCUGAGAAUCCACACAGGAGAAAAACCCUAUGCCUGUCAGACCUGUGAGAAAUGCUUCUCAGACUCGUCCACACUUAAUAAGCACCAGAGAACACACACUGGAGAGAAACCGUACCGAUGUGUGACGUGUGGGAAGAGUUUUGGACAGUCAGCUCACCUCAUGAAGCAUCACCGCUCACACAAUCGCAAAUCAUUUAAACGUUCUUCAGAUCCGGAUUAUAGAAAGUAAUUCUCUUCGCUUUUAUCUUCAGCAUCAUCCAAAGAUGUCAUGAAAUUUUGAGUUUAAGAGCAGUGAUGAGGUGUGAUGUUCUGUGUAGAACAGUGAUGAGGUGUGAUGUUCUGUGUAGAACAGUGAUGAGGUGUGAUGUUCUGUGUAGAACAGUGAUGAGGUGUGAUGUUCUGUGUAGAGCAGUGAUGAGGUGUGAUGUUCUGUGUAGAGCAGUGAUGAGGUGUGAUGUUCUGUGUAGAGCAGUGAUGAGGUGUGAUGUUCUGUGUAGAACAGUGAUGAGGUGUGAUGUUCUGUGUAGAGCAGUGAUGAGGUGUGAUGUUCUGUGUAGAGCAGUGAUGAGGUGUGAUGUUCUGUGUAGAGCAGUGAUGAGGUGUGAUGUUCUGUGUAGAGCAGUGAUGAGGUGUGAUGUUCUGUGUAGAGCAGUGAUGAGGUGUGAUGUUCUCUCUGGACUGUUUAGUCAUCAUCAUGUUCUCUGUGGAGCUCUGAUACAUCACACUUUACUUCCUUCUCAUUUUGUUGCUUUAACUGGUUACUGUUCCUUGUUUUAUUUGGUAAGGUGAGAUGAUGAGUGUUCGUGAAGGACAGCAGUCAUGAACAUGGUCUAGUUCACACUAAUACACACACACACACACACACACACACACCAAUACAUACACACACUAUACACUAAUACACACACACACACACACACACACACACACACACACACACACACACACACACACACACACACA